CCCAACGAUUUCUGUUAAGAGCACUGUGAAGAAGUGUAAAGUUUUCUUUUCUUCCAACAGCACAUCCUUGCAACAAAACAGCUUUAAGAGCAUUACUGCUACUGGCAGGACAGAUACCUUGCUUCCAAAUUCCUACAGGGGUGUGACACUCAGCUGUAGCUCUUGUGAAAGGCAGCUGCAGUGCUGUUACCCAGCUGUGCAGACAGAAGCCCCCAUUACCCACCCAGGCCUGCCAAUACAGUGCAGCGGCUGGAUCUGAAAAUGCUGAUAAUGCUGCUUUGCAACAUGGAGAUUGAGAGGCUCUCCAGAGAGCAGUUCUGCCUGCACUGCAGUGUUGGCUUGGUGCAUGGCAGCAGCAUCCAGCAGAGCCCAGCAGGAGAGCAGCGUCACUGGCAUUCUGCUGUGUCCCUGCAUCACUGCCCAUUGUGCUCUUUCAUAGGUACAUGUGCAAGAGGUGCAGCACCCAAGCAGAGUGCUCUGACAGCUCUUCAUGCUGGCCUCAGAUUAGCAUCAACCUGUGCCCCUGUUACACACUCAAACUCAGAGUCCAGGGGGGCCUGAGACUGCCCUGCAGACAUGUUUGCUAUUCAGGCUGAUCUCAAUCUCCUCUGGCACAUUUUGCAAAGCUCUUAUACUUCAGAGUGUGGUUUUGCAUCAAGGGCUGGCUAAAGUGAUGUUCUCGUGUCUCAGCAAUUAGAGAUACAGGCAAAAUCUCUUCAUUCUUUUUACUUUUGCAUGCUCAUUGUGGGGUUGGAAAUGCACUGUAAGUGCUGCUGACAGCUAUGUCAGCUUUUGGGCACACAGUCAACUUCAGUGUGAGCACCUCUUAGCCCAGCACAUGAGUAAUGCACAGUAGCCAUUACCAAAAAUGUCACUGAUCUAUUUUUCCAUUACCUUCAGUGUACUUUGAAACAGGCUUAAUGGAGGUGAAUUACUUUGUUUCAGGCAGCACUAUGAGAUUGUUCCUUUAGAAACUGCUUUAUGAAAACCACUGCAGCCCAUACAGAUGCAGAAAGAAUGUGGAUACUUUCUGAAAUCCUGAAAGGAAGAAGCAGGUUUACAAAUUAACUGUAAAUACUGUGAUUUCAUAAAUUACCAGAAGGACCAAUUUUGUUACACAAAAGUAUGUUCAGAUCUGUCACCCAGAUGACUCUAUAAAGGCAAAACCCUAGUUCUGUAAGUUAUUAAUGCUAGUAUUUUGCAUAUGUAUAGAACUCAUCCUAUACAUCUUUAUCAUAAAACAAACUUUAUAAUAAAACAGAUUUCAAGGUGUCUGCUCAGUACAUCCUCUGCCAUCCCCCAUAAAAAUUCAAAUUCAAAUUGGGUUAGAUUUAGCUGUGUCCACUGUGAUUUCUGGAACUCAUGAAUGAUUACCAUGCAGGUUAAAAUCAGGUGAAUUACACACAGGACUUUAAGGAAAGACUGGAUGUGGCACUUAGGGCUGUGGUCUAGUUUCCAAGGUGAUGUUAGGUCAUAGGUUGGACUUGAUGAUCUCAAAGUUCUUUUCCAGCCUAGUUGAUUCUGUGUUCCUGUGACUCCUAAUUCUAAUCUAAGAUUUUUCAAUACUUGUGUAACUUUGAUUACGUUCUUUGCCAUGAAUUUAUCCCAAGUUCAACUGAAAUACACUUUUCUACAUUCUUCCUCCAUGACAAACCCAUGCAUUUGAAAAUGUUAGCAUGUACACCCAGAGUAUUCAGGUGGUCAUCAAAUUUUAAGUACUGUUGAAAGUGAUACUGAGCCUUUGAAAUACCAAGUUUUAUGCCUUUCCUGUGGAACAAAAUCAUAAAAAGACACUAAAUAAUCGACUUAACAAUGUACUAAAAAUCUAACUUUUAAAGAAUUAUUUAUUAAAAUCUUUCUGAGACCUGAUUUACAGAAGACAGUAAAGAUAGCAGGUUGGUUUGCAAUAAAAUAAAUCUUGUAUUGACUGCAGUUAAAAUUAAUAUACUGGAAAAAACAGAAAAAUAAUUUUCUGCUAGAUACUUCUCUGCUCCAUUGAGUAUUGCUUUGAGCAAUUAUACCUUAUCAUGUUGUGCUGAUAGCAGUGGGGUAAUUUUAUUACCUUAAUAACACAACUGCAUUUAGCUAACACUGCACUAUUUAGUUCAUGUAAGGAAGAAAAAUAUUAAUUUGUUUUAAAUAAGAGUCUGUCUUUAAUAAGCCACUAACUGCAUCCCAAAAGACAUAUAGAGACCUGUGCAAUGCUAAAUAAAGGGGUGAAGUCAAAUGAAAAAUAUUAUGGGAUUCCUCUUUUCACUUAGAUGAGAAUAAUGCCCUCUUGUCCUUCGACACCAACCACUGUAACAGCUCAGGAAGUGCUAGGACUGUUCUGAUUGAAUUUUGUGCACACCAUGGUGAAGGACAACAAGCAGGGGUGAGACUGGGAAAGAAGAGGGAGCUGUGGAGUCAUGGGGAGAGGGCUUUGGAAGAGGCAGUGGCAUGUGCAUAGCUGGACAGGCAGCUGUGGCUGCAGGCUGCCUGUACAUGGUUCUUUCAUAAAGAGUCUGUUUAGUUUCAGUACCCUGGGAUUUCCUCAAGUUACAAACCAGCAGACAGUGUGUGAAACACAGAAACUCUAUUCUAUAACUGCUUAAAACAUCAAGCUUUAUAACAUUGGAGUGCUACUUUUCCUCCACAGAGGCCUUUUCUUAGCUGGAAAAAGUAAAUCAAGGAAGUGUCUGUCAUGCAGGUUGUACUAAAAUUAUGCUUUGGAAAAUAAACUUAUCUGUAACAACGUGUUCUUCAACUGACUCUGCCUGUCAUAUUUUACUUCGUAAAGAGAAACAGGUUAUUUUCACUUGCUUCUUACUUGCUUAUUUGAAGAAAAUGGUAGUCAAGCAGUGAUGGUUAUUUCUUGAAUGUUCAUCUCAAGAGAUGGAUAAAAAAACAGCAAUUGCGUGACAGCCAGCGGAAUGUCAAAACACGGGAGCCAUAACAAGCUGCGUUCCUGCGUGUUUUUCCUCAGAGGAAAUUUUCUGACCUUGUGGAGAAGGCAAGGAAGGAAAGGCCUGUACUGGAACAAAUGUUGAAAUAUGCACUCGUCCUUCUGAUUGUGUCCCUCUGAUUAUGCCUUUAAAACUGGCUGGCAUGGCCUGUGCAGAAUGUGAACCCUAGCAUGCAGGAGCUGUGGAAAGAAUGCACCCAGGAUGAAAGCACAGCUGCAGCUAUCUUUGCUGUUCAAAUGGAUGACUAUCUGGGAGGAAAGCCUGUGCAGAGUAGAGAAAUUCAAGGAUAUGAAUCUACUGAGUUUGUGGGUUACUUCAAAGGAGGAAUUAAAUACAAGGCAGGUGGUGUUGCCUCUGGAUUUAAUCAUGUUGUUACUAAUGAUCUGAGUGCCCAGAGGCUGCUGCAUAUCAAGGGCAGGAGAGUUGUAAGAGCCACAGAAGUCCCCCUGGCUUGGACCAGCUUCAACAAAGGAGAUUGUUUCAUCAUUGACCUGGGAAAUGAGAUCUAUCAGUGGUGUGGCUCAUCAUGCAAUAAGUAUGAGAGGCUGAAGGCCACACAGGUUGCUGUUGGCAUUCGGGACAACGAACGGAAUGGAAGGUCCAAAUUAAUUACUGUGGAAGAAGGGAGUGAGCCAGAGAGCCUCAUAGAGGUUUUAGGGAACAAGCCAGAGCUUCCUGAGUGUGGUGAUGAUGAUGAUGAGCUGGCUGAUGUCACAAACAGGAGAAGUGCUAAACUAUAUAUGGUGUCAGAUGCGAGUGGAUCCAUGAAAGUGUCCUUGGUGGCAGAGGAAAACCCCUUCUCUAUGGCUAUGCUUUUGUCUGAGGAGUGCUUCAUUUUGGACAACGGUGCUGCCAGGAAGAUCUUUGUGUGGAAAGGCAAAAAUGCUAACCCUCAGGAGAGAAGAGCUGCCAUGAAGAAUGCUGAACAAUUCAUACAGCAGAUGAAUUAUCCUGCCAACACACAGAUUCAAGUCCUUCCCGAAGGAGGGGAAACACCAAUGUUCAAACAGUUUUUCAAAGACUGGAAGGAUAAAGAUCAAAGCAAUGGCUUUGGCAAAGUCUAUGUCACAGAGAGAGUGGCUAAAAUUGAGCAGAUUGAAUUUGAUGCUACCAAGUUACAUGAGUCUCCACAAAUGGCUGCCCAGCAUAACAUGGUAGAUGAUGGUUCAGGGAAAGUAGAGAUCUGGCGUGUGGAAAGCAGUGGCCGAGUUCCUGUGGGACCUGAGACAUAUGGGCAGUUCUAUGGGGGUGACUGUUACAUUAUCCUCUACACUUACCCCAGAGGGAUGAUCAUCUACACGUGGCAAGGAGCCCAUGCUACAAAAGAUGAACUGACUGCUUCUGCAUUUCUGACUGUUCAGCUGGAUCGGUCAUUAAAUGAUGAGGCUGUGCAGAUCCGAGUCAGUCAGGGUAAAGAGCCUGCACAUUUACUGAGCUUGUUCAAAAACAAACCACUUAUAGUCUACAAGGAUGGGACAUCCAGGAGGGAAGGUCAGAAGCCUGCUCCACCAACACGACUCUUCCAAAUCCGCAGGAACCUGGCAUCCAUUACUAGGAUUGCAGAGGUUGAUGUUGACGCAUCAUCACUAAACUCUAAUGAUGUCUUUGUUCUGAAACUGCCAAACAACUCUGGCUACACGUGGGUAGGAAAAGGAGCAAAUAAAGAAGAGGAACAAGGAGCUCAGUACAUUGCCAAUGUUCUCAAAUGCCAGACUACAAAGAUUAAUGAAGGCCAGGAACCAGAGGAAUUCUGGAAAGCACUUGGAGGUAAAAAAAAUUACCAGACUUCAUCACAACUCUUGACAAAGGCUGAAGAUCAUCCCCCUCGCUUGUAUGGUUGUUCUAAUAAGACAGGCAGAUUUAUUAUUGAAGAGGUCCCAGGAGAAUUCACUCAGGAUGAUUUGGCUGAAGAUGAUGUCAUGUUGCUGGAUGUUUGGGAUCAGGUUUUCAUCUGGAUUGGGAAGGAUGCUAAUGAAACUGAGCGACAGGAAUCUGUGAAAUCAGCCAAACGCUAUAUUGAAACAGAUCCUUCUGGCAGAGAUAAGGGCACCCCCAUUGUCAUUGUGAAGCAAGGGCAUGAACCCCCCACAUUCACAGGCUGGUUCCUGGCUUGGGACUCUAACAGAUGGAAGAACUGAUCUCUCCAAGGAGACUGCAGCUUCAAGCCAAAGAAUGACCAGAGCCCAGCCACUUUCUAGUAUUUUUAAGCAUAAGCUUAUGCAACAAUAUGAUGCAUCUGUUGUUACACUUUCCUGAGCUUUGAUGUAUUUCUGUGAAUAACCUAGAAAUUCUUAGCACUGGGAAGGAUAAAUGAUAAUUGUAAACUGGCCAAAUGGGGUGAGUGGGGCUCUUCUAGUAGUAAAUACAGAAAAUGCUACCAAUCUUUAAUUGUAAAAGAAAGAAAUACAUUUUCUUUAAUCUCCCGAUUCUUUUAAAGAGAAGCUGUGGAUCAGUUUAUUUUAAUGUGCUAAAAUGGACCAAAUUCUGUCUCCACUUAAAAAUCCAAACUAAUGCCACAGAAAUUCCUUUACAUUAAGGUCAAAAUAAUAGUGUGCAGAAUUUGGCCUGAGAGAGAAAUGAAACUAUCCAUUUCAAGGAAAAGACUGCACCUGAUUUAAUUAUUAGGCCCAUAUAUUGCUACACUCAUUGAAAGUUUCAGAUAAUAUCUGAUCCACAGUGGGAGUUGUAGCUCACAGGGGCCAAAUAAUGGAUGGAUAUUUGGAGACAGCUGUGCUUAACAUGUUUGUUUACCCUGUUAAUACAUAUAUGUGUGGAGCUUUAGACUGAAUACUGUCAGAAUACAAAAUUGACAAAGUUAUUUUUGAGGGACAGUCUAGAGUAUUGUAAUGAAUUCCUUCAGAUUUAUCUCUGAACCAGCUCCAGCUCCACCAGGUCUUUUUAACUAAAGCUCUUAAACACGGUGUAGUGCACUAGUGCUUUGAAGUGGAAGCAGAAGUAACAGCUCUGAAAGCACAUCCUCUGCCUUAACCAGAUAGCUCUUAAGCCAUUCUUCACCUCAGUUGCCUUACCCAGCAGUGCUCAGUUCUUCUUCAGCAUGCAGACUGUUCACCUUGUCAGGUGCAGGAUGUCUUUCUAAUUUUAUCUGCAGGUGUUAGACAAAUAUCAAGCAUGUCAAAAGCAGGGAAACCCCUGUGUCGGUAGCAUUUCUGGGAAUAUGGAAUGUGAGUAUGCACCAUAGAAUAUGGCGUUCUCUUUUUUCUCAGGCACACUUACUUGAGCUUUUUUUUAUUCUAGUGAAUUUAAAAGUAUGUUUUCAAAGUGGCUUUUAUUUGUAACUUAGCCAGAAGAAAAUCUAUUUAAGGGCAAUGGGAAAACUUCUUCAGAUCUUUAGUGCUGCUUUGAUCACUUAUCCAGUAAUGCUUGUUUUAAACAACAAUUUGUACAGCUGUAAAUCAUACUGGUGUGGCUUUUUAAUGACAGCAUUUCAGCAGUUUUAUUAUUCUUAUUUUAUUAUAUAAGUUAGUUUGGAAAGUGAAAUUUUAGACGUUUUUGUAUUUUUUAACAUGCUUGGGAUUUUAAAUCAGAGUAAUGCAAAAGAGCGAAUUUAGUCUGAGCUCAUAAUAUCAAUGACAAAAGAAUUGUGAAGCUAAGAGAUUAAUUAUAGGAGUUAGCUUUAAGCAUUUGUUUAAAUGUCUGCUAAUAUAGCUGGGCUGUAUCUGAAUGUGAUUUCAUUUAAAAUAAAGUUAUAAAAACCA